CGAUGAGAGAAGGGCCAAGUCGGUGCGCGCCAGCCAGCAGCGGUCUCUGCCAGGGGCAGACGGAUCGCUUUCAUGUCGCAGGGUGACUGCUAGCCCUGCGGAGGCUCCCCCGGCCGGGCCGGGCCGGGCCGGGCAGGCGGCGGGCGGGCAGCUGCCCCGCUGCCGGGGUGCGGCCGGCGCGCCCCGCGGGAUGCUGGCGGCGGGGGAUGCGGAGCCGGCCGCGGAAUAACAUGGGGGGCGGCCACUCCCACAGGGCGCCCGUCUUCGACGAGAAUGAGGACGUUAACUUUGACCACUUUCAAAUAUUGCGGGCUAUUGGGAAAGGGAGUUUUGGAAAGGUGUGCAUUGUACAGAAGAGAGAUACCAAGAAAAUGUAUGCCAUGAAGUAUAUGAAUAAACAGAAAUGCAUUGAGAGAGAUGAAGUUCGCAAUGUUUUCCGGGAGCUGCAGAUAAUGCAAGGCCUGGAACAUCCCUUCCUAGUCAAUCUAUGGUACUCCUUUCAAGAUGAAGAGGACAUGUUCAUGGUGGUUGAUCUCUUACUGGGCGGUGACCUGCGUUACCAUUUGCAGCAGAACGUGCACUUCAAUGAAGGAACUGUUAAACUGUACAUUUGUGAGCUGGCUCUUUCCUUGGAUUAUUUGCAGAGAUACCACAUCAUUCACAGGGACAUCAAACCUGACAACAUACUACUGGAUGAACAUGGACACGUUCAUAUCACUGACUUUAAUGUAGCAACCAUAGUGAAAGGCUCAGAAAAAGCUUCUUCUAUGGCUGGCACAAAACCCUACAUGGCUCCAGAAGUGUUCCAGGCUUUUAUGGAUGGAGGUCCAGGAUACUCGUACCCAGUAGACUGGUGGUCUCUAGGAAUUACAGCCUAUGAAUUACUGAGGGGUUGGAGGCCCUAUGAAAUUCAUUCAGCCACCCCCAUCGAUGAGAUACUCAACAUGUUCAAGAUCGAAAGAGUUCACUACUCAUCCGCAUGGUGCAAGGGCAUGAUAGCACUACUGAAAAAGCUCCUCAUUAAGGACCCAGAGUGUCGCCUUUCAAGCCUUGCAGACAUCCAGAACUCUCCAUACCUAGCUGAUGUCAACUGGGAUGCUGUUCUAGAGAAAGCUGUGACCCCAGGCUUUGUUCCUAACAAAGGAAGACUGAACUGUGAUCCCACAUUUGAACUUGAAGAAAUGAUUUUGGAGUCCAAGCCUCUCCAUAAAAAGAAAAAGCGACUUGCCAAAAACAAAUCCAAAGAUGGAGCUAAGGAAACCUGCCCACUGAACGUACACCUGCAGCAGUGCUUGGAAACCGUUAGGAAAGAAUUCAUCAUAUUCAACAGAGAGAAAUUGAGAAGACAGCAGGAUCAAAGUGGACAGACUUCCAGCAUUGACAGCAGAGCAUCUCUUCAGAGCCACGAGAAGCUCCAAGACGGGCGGAACAACAAUUUGCUGGGACACGGCUGCACCAGGGGCUGCAGCAGUUAG